AUGACUGUAAGGGAGUAUGAAGCGGAAUUCAACAGCCUCAAGAAGUAUGCUGGGCGUGAGGCUGAGUCGGAAAUUUUCUUGGUCCGUAAAUUCAUGCACGGACUUAGGGUUGAUCUCCGAACUCGUUGUAAGAUCUGCAACUAUGAUACUGUGGCCGAACUGGUGGAAAAGGCUGCAGAACAGAAAGCUGGAAUCAGUGAGGAAGCCAAGGUGUUUGGCACAGUGGCGCAUGUCCAUCCUGGUAAGCAUGCGGGAAAGAAUCAAAAGCCGGUGAAGGCUGGCUCUCUCAGCAAGCCGAAUGCAACAGGUCGCAGUGCAUGUUCGACUUGCGGGAAGAUGCACUCUGGUGUCUGCCGUGCUGCUUCGGGAGCUUGUCCUUGUUGCGGAAGUAUGGAUCACAAGGUGUGUGAUUGUCCUGAGGAAGACCUAAGGCCGAAGAGCCAGAACGAAGAUGCUGGAGAACGUGUGUGCUACAACUGCGGCGAAACGGGGCACUACAAGAAUCAGUGUCCGAAAGACGCGCAAUCUGCUGGGAAGCGUCUGAGCGAUGGGCCUCAGCCGGCUGCAAAGAGGCAGGCCAUCAUGCCGCAGGUGUACACAAUCGGUGAUGGGUCCAUUCGGUGUACACAAUCGGUGAUGAGUCAAUGGACCCAAGCACGUCUCGUCUAA